AUGGUCCCUAAAUUCUACAAACUAUCAAAUGGAAUUAAAAUUCCAAGCAUUGCCUUGGGUACUUAUGAAAUUCCAAGAUCGCAAACAGCGGAAAUUGUGUAUGAAGGUAUCAAAUGUGGCUACCGUCACUUCGAUACCGCUGUACUUUACGGUAAUGAAAAGGAAGUAGGUGACGGAAUUACUAGGUGGUUAAAUGAAGAUCCAAAAAAUAAUAAACGUACGGACAUCUUUUACACUACCAAAUUAUGGAAUUCGCAAAACGGAUAUAGGAAGGCUAAAGCCGCUAUUCAACAAUGUUUGAAUGAAGUCUCCGGCCUGGAAUACAUUGAUCUUCUUUUGAUUCAUUCACCAUUGGAAGGUUCCAAAUUGAGAUUGGAAACUUGGCGGGCUAUGCAAGAAGCUGUAGAUGCAGGAGUGGUCAAGUCUAUAGGGGUUUCAAAUUAUGGAAGAAAACACAUCGAUGAACUUUUGAAUUGGUCAGAACUGAGACACUACCCUGUAGUCAAUCAAAUCGAAAUUUCACCAUGGAUUAUGAGACAAGAACUCGCAGAUUAUUGUAAAUCGAAAGGUCUAAUUGUUGAAGCGUUCGCUCCAUUGUGUCAUGGCUACAAAAUGACUAAUCCAGAUUUAUUAAUAGUUUGCAAGGAGGUGGAUCGUAAUCCGGGUCAAGUCCUAAUCCGUUGGUCUUUGCAACACGGUUAUUUACCAUUGCCAAAAACUAGAACUGUUAAAAGGUUAGAAGGUAAUCUUGCUGCUUAUAGCUUUGAAUUGUCGGACGAACAGAUGAAAACUCUUGAUCAUCCUGAUGCAUAUGAGCCAACCGAUUGGGAAUGCACCGAUGCUCCAUGA